UAACUACCAACGCAUACGUUAUUAAGCGCUGUCUGUUUAAGUAUGUGUUGCCAUCUGUUGAAGUAUGUGUUUCCAUCUGAUUCUGACUCCAAUAAGUGUGAUGGUUUUUCUGCCCAUGCAGCCUGUGUGAACUUCACAUUUAAUGCAAGCGCAACGCUUCCGCUCCAUAAUUUUACCGUUUGACCGCAACACACCACGUUUGUCAUGAAAUUCACACUUCAGGCGCGUGCAUUCGCGGAUGACGAAGAUCCAGAAGAUCUACACGAACCCAUUCGUCUUGUGCGGCUCAUUGGCGCUGGAAAUUGAUCAUAGUGGAAGUGCAGUAUCUUCAGCCAACGGUGACAUUCACGACGCCGUGCGCGCAGACUGGCAGGCUGCUGUACCGGCACUAUGGAAGAGAAAAACAAGGACGAUAACGCCACGAAGGGACAGGAAUCGAUGUCCUAUCAACGGAGGAUGUGGAAGAAUUUUCAAGAAAAAACCAAACCGUUUUUGAGUCCCAAAUUGGUCUCUGAACGUCGCAAUCCCGACAGUAAAAAGGAGACGGGGUUAUGGAUGUUUAAAAGGAAAAAGAAACAGUUGGACCGCGUCUUUUCGUCCUCACAGCCCAAUCUCUGCUCCUCUACCCCGUCGACUUUCCCAGGCGACCUGUCACUCGGCGGUACAGCGGACCCUGGGAACAGCAGCACGGGGCAACCUAUGCAACAGCUGUUGGGGGCGGAUGGAGUGUCGGCAAGCAAGCCAGAGCUAACGGGACACGAGUGCCCGAAGCUCAUCGUCUCCCAUUUAAUCAUGUCCCACCAGAAGAGCUCCUCUCUCGGCUCUGCAUGCUUCGAGAAGCUGGUAGUAAAAUCUGCGGACGUUGGAGAGGAGGAACAGCUCCGCAAAAACGCCAGUGAUUCUGGCAUCAACAUCGUGGAGCCAAGUAAUGCUGAGACCGCCCUUGUUACCAACCCAGGGAUGUACCAGCUGGACAUCAUACUGAAGAAAGGACACAACCUCGCCAUCAGGGACAGAGGAGGGACAAGUGAUCCGUAUGUGAAGUUUAAGAUCGGUGGGAAGGAGGUGUUCAGGAGCAAGACUAUCAAUAAGAACCUGAACCCAGUGUGGGACGAGAAAGUCAGCCUACUGGUGGACAGCCUCCGAGAACCCCUCUAUGUCAAGGUGUUUGACUAUGACUUUGGCCUUCAGGAUGACUUCAUGGGUUCUGCCUACCUCUACCUGGAGUCUCUGGAACACCAGAGGAACCUGGAUGUGACCCUUGACCUUGAGGACCCCCAGUACCCCGACCAUGACCUGGGAACUCUAGACCUGGCAGUCACACUGUCGCCCAAAGAGGGAGACUUCAGGGAAGCUACCAUGCUUUUGAGAAGGAGCUGGAAGCGAUCCAAUAAGCAGCUGCAUUCAAGUAUGCGGUUGUCAGAUGUCCACAGGAAAGCUCAGCUGUGGAGAGGUAUAGUGAGCAUCAGUCUGAUUGAGGCUCGCGACCUCCAGCCUAUGGACGCCAACGGCUUCAGUGACCCCUACGUCAAAUUCAGACUGGGCCAUCAGAAAUACAAGAGCAAGACGAUACCCAAGACUUUGAACCCCCAGUGGAGAGAGCAGUUUGACUUCCAUCUGUAUGAGGAGCAGGGGGGCUUCAUCGACAUCACCGUCUGGGACAAAGACGCAGGCAAGAAGGACGACUUCAUGGGCAGGUGUUCGAUAGACCUGUCGCCGCUGAGUAAAGAGCACACUCAUAAAUUGGACGUACCACUGGAGGAGGGCGAGGGCAUGCUGGUGCUGCUGGUCACACUCACGGGGGCUGCAGCAGUGUCCAUCUCGGACCUGUCGGUCAAUAUUCUGGAUGACCCACACGAGAGACACCAGAUACUACAGAGAUAUAGUGUACUGAGGUCGUUCCACAACCUGAAAGAUGUGGGUAUGGUCCAGGUGAAGGUCAUCAGAGCAGAGAGGCUGAUGGCAGCAGACGUCACAGGCAAGAGUGACCCCUUCUGUGUGGUGGAGUUGAGUAAUGAUCGGUUACAGACACACACCGUCUACAAGAACCUCAACCCCGAGUGGAACAAGGUCUUCACCUUUAACGUGAAGGACAUCCACUCAGUGUUGGAGGUGACGGUGUACGACGAGGACCGAGACAGGAGUGCAGACUUCUUGGGGAAAGUGGCCAUCCCUUUACUAAACAUUCAAAAUGGUGAACGGAAAGCCUACGCCUUGAAAAGCAAGGAGCUGACAGGGCCAACAAAAGGGGUCAUCUUUCUCGAAAUAGACGUGAUUUUUAAUGCUGUGAAGGCCGGUCUCAGGACAUUAAUACCCAUCGAGCAGAAAUACAUUGAGGAUGAACCCAGAGUGUCCAAACAGUUGCUGCUGCAGAACUUCAACAGAGUGAGGCGCUGCAUCCUGUUCCUCAUCAACGCCGGCUGCUACAUCAACAGCUGCUUCGAAUGGCACUCACCUCAGAGGAGCAUCUGCGCCUUUCUGCUCUUUGUUCUCGUGGUGUGGAACUUUGAACUCUACAUGAUUCCUCUGGCUCUGCUGCUGCCGCUGGCCUGGAACUAUAUCCUUGUCGCUUCGGGGAAGGACACCAGGCAAGACGUGCAAGCGAUGGAGGACUUGCUGGAGGACGAGGAUGAGGACUAUGACAAAGAUGACAAGGUGCCUAGGCCUGGCCAUUCGGAUGACGGCCGACUGCCUGAAAGCCAUAUCCUUGUGGAUAUGUUGGCUUCCUGGCACUUUGAGUGGAUACGGGUGAUGGUGGACCCGGAGAGAAAGGGCUUCAUCAACAAGCUGUAUGCCAUCCAGGAUGUGUGCAUCAGUGUGCAGAAUGCGUUGGAUGAAGUAGCCUCCUACGGCGAGAGGAUAAAGAACACCUUUAACUGGACAGUGCCUUUCCUAAGCUGGCUGGCCAUUGUUGCACUGUGUGUGGCCACUGUGCUCAUCUACUAUAUCCCCCUACGCUACAUUGUCCUGGCCUGGGGGGUGAAUAAAUUCACCAAGAAGCUCCGUGACCCGUACAACAUUGACAACAACCAGCUCCUGGACUUCCUGUCCAGAGUCCCCUCAGAUAUACAAGUGGUGCAGUACCGAGAGCUGAAACUGGAUCUCAGUCAUAGUCCAAAUAAAAGAAAGAAAAACAACCCGGGGUAGCUGGCUUUGUCCGCCCACUGAAUCUUCCCUCCCUCAACGGCCCGACACCAAGGAGCAGAGGAAGGCUGGUCUGGACCUCCUCAACUCUCUCUCUCUCUCCACUUUCUCCCUCUUCUACUGACUUUAAAUAUACAUGUACAGGCUCCCGAAGUGUAAUUGUCAUUGUAGAAAGAGACAGCAAGAGAAAAAUCGUAAAUUCCGAGUUUAGAGAUGAGCGUGGAUGAAAGUGGACCGGACCAUUCCAGACCUAGGUGUUUACAGCGUUGUACCAGUCUGACAGAUGUACAAGUCAUGCUCAACUGUGUGACAGUUAUGAGUUCAUCCAAAGAGGUUUCAGACAUUUUUACAUAAUUCCCCGUAAGGAACAUAUCAUUUAACCCUAUCAUAGUCAGAAAGCCGCUAACCAGGUAGAAUGGACUGUCUACUUUUUUAAAUCUGAACUCCCAAUGACCUCUGAGUAUAAGCAUGUGGAACAAUAGAUAAAGAGCUUAUUUAUUCAUUAUUUUACAAAAUGUUGUAAAUUCUUUUUUGUUGUAUUUACAUUUUGGAUUAAAUUAUUGGGGCGGGGGGGGGGGGGAUUUGUUCUUUCUGCACCAAGCCUCCAUCUCAGCCAGUAUACAGUGUUACCUAUUAGCCUCCAGUUCGUCCUGUCGCUCGCACACUGCACAGAGAACACUAAAACAGAUAACCCUAUAGUACACCCUUCAUUGACAUCUUUGAAGUUGUAUUUGUACGUUUACACUUUGCCCACGUUUCUAAUUGCCUCUCACCGCUUUCUGACUUAAAUCAGCGAGAAGCAACUAGAUAUUUUAAGAGGUCAAAUGUUAAUUGUCUUUUCAGUUCUUAGGCCUAUAUACAUAUCACCCUGUUCCAGUGGUCCUUGACUAUCCAAAUGAAUGAUAACUUCAAAACCUCAAAAGAUCCUCUUUUAAAUGGAACUGAAAACUGCUGCAGUCCUGCCGAUAUGCCAUUCUUCUGGUCUUCACUACCAUCAGUAGCGCAGAUCGGUGUUUUUCUACCCAGAAACAGGGUGUCGUUUCCCCCCAGAAGAGGCAGGCAAGUGUAGAUUGCUGCUGUGCCACUGAGCUAAUAUAGAUGUCACCCUGUGCAGACAGAAUCGCCAGGCAGGCCUUAGGCAGCCCAAGCGGUAAUCUUAUUUGAAAGGCUGGUCUCCUCUCCUCUCAUCUCCACAUGUUGCCUCAGUGGGCACACACACACACACACACUCCAACACUGUGCCACAGGCUGGCCGCCAUCUCCAUCUGCCCCACCUCCUGCUCAACUUUGAUCUCUCUUUCAAGGGAUGAGUUUAUGUGUAUAUGUGUAUGUGUGUGCAUGUGUCCCACUGGGCAAAAACCGGUUGAGUCAACGUUGUUUCCAUGUCAGUUCAGCCCAAACAAUUCUACGCGAUGACGUUGGAAUCAACGUGGAAAACCUGAUGGAUUUGCAAAAAUUCGAUCCACGUCAGGGAAUUUCGCCUUUUUUCCCCCCCGCCCAACUUUGAACCUAAAUCCAAUGACCAGAGGAAAUGUUUGGUCGAUUUCAGGUUAGUUGACAAUUUAACCAAAGGUAAAUCAAAGGUAGACGUUGAACUGACGUCUAUGCCCAGUGGGGUGUUUAUGCAAAGCAAACAAGCAAGCUGCAUGGAGGGUGUCCCCGUACACUGUGUGUGUGUGUGCAUGCUGGGUGUGUAUGCAUUCUGGGUGUGUAUGCAUGCUAUGUGUGUAUGCUACAUGUAAAUAUGCACCCAUGCACGUUUCUGGAGUUGUCUGUCUCUUUUGGCUCUGGAGAGUGAUGUAGAUGGGACUGAAAACUUGUUGGGCCAGAUGCUGCGUUUGGUGGUGGAGAGGUCGACCGCUAGACGAGCAGCCAGUUAGCCGCUGUGUGACAAGACAAGACGAUGGGUGGCCAGAGACCGCAGGGCUUUGCGCGUAUGUGUGCGCACCCUCUUUCCAAAGCCCUCCCAUUAUCCCUCUCACUCUCCCUCUCUCAUUCGUCAGCGGUUAGGAUCGUGGCCCUGUCUGAAGGGAACGUCUCCUGGGUCUCUCCCGAAAGCAUCUGUUGAAAGAUCACAGCGUAGGCUACAUCUGAGGGGCCUUCCACUCCUCCACAUACCCCUCUCCCUCCCUCCGUCCCUUAAACUUCAACAAGCGUAGAUCUGCCACUUUGGAAGGCCAUUGGUUUGGUUUGUUUUGAGAGAUGCACUUGAAAUACAAUAACAUGCUCCGUGGAGAGUAGGACCUACACGGGUUACAUCAUCCUCUCUACAAUGCAGACUCGUGUCUAUUUGUAUUGCCUCAAGGGGACAGUUUGAAAACCUGAGUAUGUAUGUGUGAACUACUGUACGUGGUAUAAUUUACAGUAACUGUGGUGGGUAUAUUGUGUGUGGUCUUAUAUCCAAAUAUUCCAAGUUUUAUAACAUUGUUUUGACUAUGUUUGCAAGCAAACCAAAGUGAUUUAUUUGACACGACAGAAAAAAGAAGCUAAACAGAAUGUAUCGGACGGACAUAAAGGAAAAAGGAACUUUCAUUUGCACCCUUUUUUUUUUUACUCAACUUACUUUUUUUGGAAUGAUGUACAUAAUAUGCUUGUAAAUGGUCUAAUGUUGGUUGAUGAUCUUGUAUAGGUGUAUGCUUGUCAUUUCUCUCCGAGGUAUUUUCGCCUGCAGUGUUGCCUGUGUCAUCUUCACUCUCCUAGUCCUGGCCAAUGGUUGUAGAGGACAAGGAUGGGGAUUUGGGGUGGGUGGGGGCAGUAAAGGGAAAGUUAUGAGAAAAUAAUGUACAUCUAAUACGACCAAUAAAUUCACCAGAUGUAUGUCGAUUAUUUUGGGAAAACUUGUAAAAGAUUAAAUAUUUUGUAUCAUCUUUGGAGAUUUUUCAUUCAUUGCCAAAAUGGCAUUGAGCUUCACGAAGACAAAUACAUAGCCAGCUACACAAAAAGUUGGUUUGAAGUGGAUACCACCCGGGAGGGCCCUUGAGGCCCCUGUGUGAAUCCUCUGACCAGAUCAUUUAUUAGUCUGGGAGUCCCUCCACUGUCUGAACCCCCUCCAUCUAAACUCCUGUACAUCACUCCUCACAGCCCCGUAAAUGACGACAUGCAUACCCAGCCAAUGGUACUCCCCUCCACAAGAAGAGGUCAGGAAGGAACACUGGGUUAUUAGUCUCUCCUCCUGACAAACACACAUCAUCCACACAUAUCAGGAUGUAAUCGCUAGCUCCCUCUAACACACAAUCACACACUACAGUAUAAGCCCAUCUCUUUAUUGAAGUUCCCCACUCAGGAAAUAGUUUGUGUGACCAGGCUAGUUUUAAGUUGUAUUCUUGAGCACCCAGAGGUGGGCUAGUCUCUUACUCCUGGUCACCCACCACAUGGCCUGCAGAUGAGGCUCUUCCAUCUCUGUCCUGUGCCCCCAGCUCAGGACACUACGUGACCAAACAUGACAGGACCCAUCCGGCUCAAUAGAUGCUUCCACUGCCAAACACAAAGAUAGACCUUUGGUGAGUGUGUGUGUGAGUACGUGCAUGUGCGGGUGCAUGUUCAACUGACACGCACCUCAGUUUGUUGCCCUUUCAAUUGCUCUGCAAUCGAAUGCUAAGCAGCAUGGUUGCUCACAAUGGUAGAACUGCUACUGGAAAACCUAGUAGGUGCUACUGCAGUGAGUUGUUGCUUAUUUUAAAGACUCCUGACCCGUACCAGCCACUAUAAAGAAGUGAACAGCCUUACAGGGUUAGAGGUUACUGUAGCUUCCCCUGCAUAGGAGAAGACUAUUUGGGGUAAGAGCAUGUGUAGCUCUGCCAACAUUCUGUUGAUCUGAGUUCUGUUGAGUUGUAGUUCAGUUGUUUUGAGAUUCAUUUUUCAUUCCCUGUAACGGAUUAAGCUCUUAUUAAAGUACUAUUGUUAUUGCUUAUAGACACCUGUCUGUCUCGUACUGCAUGAUGACAUGCACGUGACACCUACGGGCAUGCCACACAGUAGGUGUCAAAGGGGGGGGGGUGUCUGCCCUAAGAUGGCCGCCAUAGUAAAGACUACACGACCCAUAACCCUGUGCUAUACAGGUCACCUGGUCUAUGUUCAGUUGCCAAAUGUUCUUCAACAUUGCAGAUAGAAAUGCCGUGAAUAGAGCCAAUGUAAUUCCUUAUUUUACAUGCCAGAGAGGCAUGUUUGAUCUACAUAGCCUAUUUCUACAACAUUCAAUUCUGCAGAAAGUGUCGCUGGCCCGAGUGGCCUUACUAUAUUGGCAGCACCUGCACUGCAUUGGGACUCUCCAUAAACCUUAUAUUUUUGAAGGAAGGACUUUGGUUCAGUUUGAGUAAGUUAAAUGCUCUGACAGAGCUAGCCCAUUUGAUUUAGUGUGAUUCAUUUAUUUCUAAGUUUGUCAUUAAAAAGUAUUUAUUUUACCUUUCACCUGCA